CACAUGUAAUUUAAAUCUGUGUGUGUGUCACAGGUGUCUAUCGCCAUGGCAGAUGAGAUCUGUCGCCUGUCGGUGAUUGUUGAGGAGUUCCACUCAGACUUCCACCCCUCUCCACAUGUACUGAAGAUGUACAAGACCGAGCUGUUAUCACACAUUGAGGAGGGUAUGGGGAAGAAUCUGGCUUUCCGCUGCUCUGAUGCCGUCAUGGCCUCCAUGCAGAACUCUCAGAAAGACAUGAUCGACCUGCUGCAGCCUCUGCUGCCCCCUGCUGUCCAGUCUCAGAUCCACAUGCUGGUGCCCAGCCGGAAGUUUGACCUGAGCUACGACCUGAACUGCGCCACGCUCUGCUCCGACUUCCAGGAGGACAUCCAGUUCCACUUCUCCCUAGGCUGGACCACCCUCGUCACGCGCUACCUCGGCCCCACCAACGCCCAGCGCGCCCUCAUGCUGGUGGACAAGAACCUACACACACAGGUGGCGCGUCCGUUGGCCACCACCCCGUCUACACCGGCGCUGGUACAGCAGCAGGAGGCGCCACUGAAUCAGGAGGAGCUGAUGCUGACCAUGGUCAACAACCUGGCCUCUGUCACCUCGCGCACCUCCAUGAGUGUACUAGUGGUGGGGGGAGUGGUGUGGAGGGCCAUUGGCUGGCGUCUGAUAGCUAUGUCUAUGAGUCUGUACGGCCUGCUCUACCUGUAUGAGAAGCUCACCUGGACCACGAAGGCGAAGGAGCGCUCACUGAAGAGGCAGUUUGUGGACUACGCCACGGAGAAACUCCAGCUGAUCGUCAGCUUCACCAGCGCCAACUGCAGCCACCAAGUCCAGCAGGAGAUGGCCACCACGUUUGCCCGGCUUUGUCAGCAGGUAGACCUGACGCAGAAGGAGCUGGAGGGGGAGAUCGGCCGCCUCUCCGUCAAGAUCCAAGAGCUGGAGACCGUCCAGAACCGCUCAAAAACACUCCGGCAUAAGGCAUCGGAGCUGGAGUGUCAGUUGGAGAGCUUCUCCUCACAGUACCUGCAGCCCCAGCAGCUCUGAGGGGGGCGGGGGCACGGGCACAUGGCUGACUGACCCCCCCCCCCCCCCCCCCACUGACAGACCCUGGAGACUGACACUGCCAGAGGAGCACCACCUACCCAAACAACUCACAUGGAACUCCCAGUUCAAGUUCUGUUUCGGAAGUGUGUGUGUGUGUGCAUUUGUUUUGUUAUGAAAAUAUGUAUAAAUACGUGCGGAAAUAC